CAUGCUGCACAGGGAGCGUGGGUUUUUCGCUCAUGUUAAGUCGCUCCUGCUGCAGCACUGUUUACACACACACACUUACUGUAGCUAGCUGACCUAUGCAUGCACAUCUGUCAUUCAGUGGCUUUUAAUAUGAGCGACAAUGGCAAAGGUUACGGUGAGCGGGAUUCUCGCUCUGCAUCACGUAGUGUGAGUCCUGGGGGCUCUAGGAAGUCAGCAAGUCGUUCCCCAGCUCGGACGCCUGCCAAAGAUGUCUCCCGCUCUAAAUCUCGGUCUCGUUCCAGGUCGAAAUCUGGGCAAAGGAACGAGCCAAUGGCAUGGAGCUGGAUGGUCGUAGGAUCAGGGUGGACUUCUUCAUCUCAAAAAGACCUCACACCCCAACCCCUGGAAUCUACAUGGGCCGGCCCACAUAGUGGUCCUCGCCGCAAUUCACGAGACCGUGGAUACGACCGUGGAUACGACAGAGGUGGCUAUGAUCGCUAUGACGACAGGGACCACUACAGGUCAUACAGAAGGCGAUCUCCGUCCCCUUACCACAGAGGGGCUUACCGGUCUCUGUCCCGAUCGCACUCUUAUUCUCCCUGUGAGUCUUUUUGAUAAAUGAUCCGCUCUUUUCUUGAGGCAUUCAACAGGUCGCAUUCUGUCUAAUGACUGUUUUGUUGCUACUAAACGUUGCUGUCAAUCCCCGUCACCCCCCACGCACCGACAGGAAAUGUUUCUGAGUGGAAUGAUUGAUUUCAGAAUAGAUCUUCUUCUUAAGGUGAUCAUUACACUUCUGUUUCAAACGUACACGACUAUUAAAUGUAUACUGGAAUCAGUUUUAAAGCAGCGUCUUUUGACGUGAUUCAAUUUUUAUUUUUAAAUGUAUUGGCAACGUCUGCCGUAAAAAAUAUAUUAAUGUUUUUACUAAUGUAUUUUUUGUAUACGAAUCGAGUGAAUGUUCAUCUUUGAACAGAUUAAAAGGAAGAUGCUUUUUUUUCACUUUGA